CCUCGGGUCAACACCGGGAGCAACUCAGUCAAUUGAAAACUACCGAGCGAAGCACAUACCAUUCCAACCGAACUCCGACCAGAACGCGUAUGGUUAUAAAUUGCCAAAAAAAAUAGAUUUAUCGCGCCCGAUAACGGAAACAACACAGUGUAGUGAGUGAGCGAAUGAAUCGCCGUGACUUGACGGAUUGAUAACGGACGCCGCCGCGCCAACCUGGGGAUCGAAUUUAUUCCUAAUCGUGCAUGUGAUUGAACGCGUUUUUGCCUGUUUUUCUCUGCGUAAGUGGAGUGUGGAGCCGCCCAGUCAGCAGUGGCCCUGAGAAGGCGGUGCGCCGUGGUGCAGUGAUAGAUGUGGACUGUGCCUAUAAUUUGAAUGGGAAAUCCAGGUGCGAACGCCACCACACAGUGCUACCACCAAUAUUGUGAACAAACAGUUCUUUCAGUGGAUCCGGUUGUGAAAUUCGUGUGAGGGAGUGAUUCAAAGGACAGCUGCUGGUCAUCGAUGACGUUCGAGGAGUUUUGUGGAGGUCCCUUUUGGGACGACAGUCUCACAUGGCGAGCGGAGGAUCCGGACCUAACCUUCUGCUUCCAGCGAAUCAUACUGCAAUGGGUACCCUGUUUCUUCCUGUUCAUCUUCACAUUCUACGAGGUUUACGGCAUUGCGACCAGUAGGUACCGAGAUAUACCAUGGAAUUGGCUGAACAUUUCCAAAAUCGUCAUCACCUUCAUGCUGAUGGUCAUGUCCUGGAUUGACCUCGGUAUGGUGGUAAACUACCACAAUCAGGAAGAUGUGUUCGACGUCCAGAUAUUGGUGGCCGUUUUCAACGCUGUGGCUUAUAUAACGGUCAUUGCUCUGUACUAUUUCUUCCGGAAAUACGGUAUCCGAAGUGCGGGAACGAUCUUCAUCUUCUGGUUCCUGAAGGCCUUCCUCGGUAUCAUCCAGAUGCGAACAGAAGCCAUGAAGCACGCCAAUCGGGAAAACCCCAUUGGAUCCGGUGAAACGGUCAUCUUCGCCGAGUACCAAUUCGUCAGCUACACCCUCCAGUACUCAUUUAUUUGCCUAAUCACGCUGAUGGAGAUCUUCCCGGAUCAAGCCCCACGCUACACCGACUACCCGAAGCAGAAGAAUCAGAAUCCCGAGCUGAGGUCAAGCUUCUUCAUCAAGCUGCUGUAUUUGUACUUCGAUCGGUUCACGUGGACCGGUUUCCGGAAGCCGUUGACCGACGACGAUAUGUACGACCUGAAUCCGCAGGACAUGUCCCGGGAGUUGGUGCCGCCCUUCGACAAGUACUGGUACCAAAGCAUCGAGAAUGGCCGUCGGAAGCAGAUGGCCGCAGACAAAAAGGCCGGGAAGGUGAAUCCUACGUACAAACCACACGCAGCUACAAAUGGGUCGAUUCUGCCAGCGAUGGUCAAGGCUUACGGGGGACCAUUCUGGUUCGCUGGGUUGCUUCAGAUCGGAAUAUCAGGACUGCAGUUCGCUUCGCCUUAUCUUAUGCAGGAACUCAUGGGCAACAUCGCCAUGGACGGACCCUUCUGGAUCGGAAUGGCGAUAACCUUCGCUCUAUUCCUGAACUCGCUGUUGAUCGCACUGUUCAACGGUCAGUACUUCCGCAAGACGUUCCUCGUCGGUUUCCGAAUCCGAACCGGUUUGAUCAGUGCCAUCUAUCGGAAAGCUCUCCGGAUAUCAAGUUUCGCCAAGAAGGACACCACCGUUGGUGAAAUCGUGAACCUUAUGGCCGUGGAUGCGCAGCGGUUCUUUGAAUUGACCUCGUACUUGCACGUCCUGUGGUCAGCUCCCAUAAUCAUCGGGGUUUGCAUCUUCCUACUGUACGAGAUUCUGGGUCCGGCAGUGUUCGCUGGAUUGGCGGUGAUGGUCAUCAUGAUUCCGAUCACUGGAGUGAUCGCUACGCGAUUGCGUGAUCUUCAGGUACAGCAGAUGAACAUCAAGGACGAGCGUGUGAAGAAGAUGAACGAAAUCUUGAGCGGCAUGAAAGUGCUGAAGCUGUACGCUUGGGAGCCCAGCUUCCAAGCAGACAUAGUAGACGUUCGCUCCGGAGAAAUCGACAUUCUGCGAACCAUGGCCUACUAUGGAGCAGCAACGUUCUUCGUGUGGAGCAUGGCCCCAUUCCUGGUAACCCUGGCGUCGUUUGCAGUGUACGUCUUGAUUGACGAGAACAACGUACUCGAUCCGCAGACUGCCUUCGUUUCGCUGGCACUGUUCAAUAUCCUUCGCUUCCCGUUGGCCAUGUUCCCCAUGAUGAUCACAUUCGCCAUGCAGGCUUGGGUAUCCGUCCAACGUAUCAACAAGUUCAUGAACAGCGAAGAACUUGAUCCGGCAAACGUGACACACAACCGUAGCGAAGACGCACUGUCGAUCAAGGACGGAACGUUCUCGUGGGGUGACGAUACUCCAACUUUGAAAAACAUCAAUCUGUCCUUGAAGAAAGGUCGGUUGUCCGCGGUGGUGGGCAGUGUCGGAACCGGAAAGAGUUCGCUGAUCUCUGCACUGCUCGGUGAAAUGGAGAAGGUGAAAGGAUCGGUCAAUACCGAUGGAACGAUCGCUUUUGUUCCACAACAGGCCUGGAUUCAGAACGCCACACUCCGGGAGAAUAUCCUUUUCGGGAAGACGUAUAAUGCGCAGAAGUACGAUCGCGUACUGGAUGUUUGUGCGUUGAAGCCGGAUCUGGAAAUGCUUCCGGGUGGGGACACUACGGAGAUCGGUGAGAAGGGUAUCAAUUUGUCCGGUGGACAGAAGCAGCGAGUUGCCUUGGCCCGGGCUGUCUACGCAGAUGCGGAGAUCUAUUUGUUUGAUGAUCCUCUAAGCGCUGUAGAUGCGCACGUUGGCAAACAUAUUUUCGAGAAGGUUAUUGGGCCGGAGGGAAUACUGGUUGGACGAUCGCGACUUCUGGUAACCCACGGUAUUUCGUUCCUGCCGUUUGUGGAAGAAAUCUUCGUUGUGAAGGACGGUGAAAUCUCCGAAAGCGGAUCGUAUCAACAGCUGCUAGAUCAGAAGGGCGCCUUCGCCGAAUUCCUCAUGCAGCACAUCCAAGAGCUUGACGAAGAAGACGAAGAGAUACAGAUGAUUCAGGAAGUGCUCAAGGAUGAAAAGUCUCGAAACAUUGUCAAACGUGCAAUGUCAACUCGAUCGCAGAGAUCCUCUGGUAGUGGUGGUAGUGGCGGCAGUGUCCGCAAGAAGCGAAUCAGUCGACAAGAAUCUAGGAACAGUAACAAACCGGUGGAAGCUCCUGCGGCUCCUGCCAAGGGUACCACACUGAUCGAAAAGGAAGAAUCGGCUACCGGUGCUGUGAGCUACGCAGUUUAUCUCAAGUACUUCAAGGCGAUUGGGUGGAACAUGGCUUUCUGGUCAGUGGGAUUGAGUGUCGUUAAUCAGGCUUCGGCCAUCUAUGGUAACAUCUGGCUCACGGAUUGGUCCGAGGAUCCUGAAGCGGCUACUGAUACUUCCGUAAGAGAUAUGUACCUUGGAGUGUAUGGUGGUCUGGGAGGAUUACAGUCUUUCGCUCUUCUUGGAGCGUCCAUUGUGCUGGCCUUAGGUUGUCUGAAGGCAGCAAACACGAUGCACAAUAACCUUCUGGAGAGCACAAUGCGCAUGCCCAUGUCUUUCUUCGAUACAACUCCUCAAGGCCGAAUCAUGAACCGCUUCUCCAAGGACGUGGACGUUGCCGACAAUACUCUACCGCAAUCUAUCCGAAUGUGGCUCAUGAUGUUCUUCAACGUCGUUGGAGUUUUCAUAGUCAUUGGAAUCUCCACUCCGAUUUUCCUGGCAGUCGUACCCGUAUUCCUACUCAUCUACUACGCCAUUCAAAAGUUCUACAUAGCCACAUCCCGGCAGCUGAAACGUCUCGAAUCGGUCACGCGAAGUCCCAUCUAUUCCCACUUUGGCGAGAGUAUAACCGGACAGUCUACAAUCCGAGCUUACGGUGAGCAGGACCGCUUCAAAGAAGAAUCGGAAAAACGUGUCGACUACAACCAGCUGAUGUCCUACCCGAGUAUCAUUGCGAACCGAUGGUUGGCGAUUCGUCUGGAAAUCGUCGGCGCCUUGGUAGUCUUUUUCGCAGCCCUUUUCGCAAUGGUGUCCCGUGAUUCGAUCGGCGCUGCCAUGGUCGGACUGUCGAUCACCUAUGCGCUGCAGAUCUCCGCCGUGCUGAGUUUCCUUGUCCGAAUGACAGCCGAAGUGGAAACGAACAUUGUGGCGGUUGAACGUCUGGAGGAGUACACUGUACUGCCGAGGGAAGCUGAAUGGCAGAAGGGCACGAUCGACAAGGCAUGGCCACAGGAAGGAAACGUGCAGUUCAACGACUACAAGAUCCGUUAUCGGGAAGGUCUGGAUUUGGUGAUCAAGGGUAUUUCGUUGAACGUCAAGGGAGGAGAGAAGAUCGGUAUCGUUGGACGAACCGGUGCUGGAAAGUCGAGUUUGACCAUUGGGCUGUUCCGUAUUGUGGAAGCUGCCGGAGGUACGAUCAUGAUCGACGGGCAAGAUGUCUCCAAACUGGGUCUACAUCAGUUGAGAAGUCGACUCACGAUCAUCCCGCAAGAUCCGGUGCUGUUCUCCGGUACGCUGCGGAUGAACGUCGAUCCAUUCAAGAGCUAUUCGGACGAUCAGGUUUGGAAGGCUUUGGAGUUGUCCCAUCUGAAGGCCUUCGUGAAAGGACUUUCAGCUGGACUGGAACAUGAGAUUGCGGAGAACGGUGAGAACUUGUCCGUCGGUCAACGGCAGUUGAUCUGCUUGGCGAGAGCUAUUCUGCGAAAGACGAAAGUGCUGGUGUUGGACGAAGCUACCGCGGCGGUGGAUUUGGAGACGGAUGAUCUUAUUCAGAAAACCAUCCGAUCGGAGUUCGCCGACUGUACGAUCCUGACGAUUGCUCACCGGCUCAACACCAUCAUGGAUUCGACGCGUGUUCUCGUGCUGGACAAGGGACUGGUGGCGGAAUGCGACACGCCACAGAAUCUACUCGCCGACAAGACGUCCAUCUUCUACGGAAUGGCCAAGAAUGCUGGCAUCGUCUAGACGAGAAGGAAUCUCAACCGCUACGUAUUCUACUAAAGGUCCUUGUCUUCACUUAGAAAUACUCUUUCAACUAUACUUAUAGUUAGAAUAGGAAGUAGAUUAAAUAACGACAUUUAACUUGUACUAAUAAAGUGUAAAACUAUUCAAUAA